AUGACACUGACGCCUCACCUGAUGACACUGACGCCUCACCUGAUGGGACUGACGCCUCACCUGAUGGGACUGAUGCCUCACCUGAUGACACUGACGCCUCACCUGAUGGGACUGACGCCUCUCCUGAUAGGACUGACGCCUAACCUGAUGACACUGACGCCUCACCUGAUGACACUGACGCCUCUCCUGAUGACACUGACGCCUCUCCUGAUAGGACUGACGCCUCUCCUGAUGACACUGACGCCUCACCUGAUGACACUGACGCCUCUCCUGAUAGGACUGACGCCUCUCCUGAUGACACUGACGCCUCACCUGAUGACACUGACGCCUCACCUGAUGACACUGACGCCUCACCUGAUGGGACUGACACCUCACCUGAUGACACUGACGCCUCACCUGAUAGGACUGACGCCUCUCCUGAUGACACUGACGCCUCUCCUGAGAGGACUGACGCCUCUCCUGAUGACACUGACGCCUCUCCUGAUAGGACUGACGCCUCUCCUGAUGACACUGACGCCUCACCUGAUGACACUGACGCCUCUCCUGAUGAUACUGACGCCUCUCCUGAUAGGACUGACGCCUCUCCUGAUGACACUGACGCCUCACCUGAUGACACUGACGCCUCUCCUGAUAGGACUGACGCCUCUCCUGAUGACACUGACGCCUCUCCUGAUGACACUGACGCCUCACCUGAUGACACUGACGCCUCUCCUGAUGACACUGACGCCUCACCUGAUGACACUGACGCCUCUCCUGAUAGGACUGACGCCUCUCCUGAUGACACUGACGCCUCACCUGAUGACAAUAGCUGCACAUUUUAUGAUGCGCAAAUUCAAAUUUCGAAAUUUGAUGCUCAAUGGAAACGCAGCUACUGACGCCUCACCUGAUGGGACUGACACCUCACCUGAUGACACUGACGCCUCACCUGAUGACACUGACGCCUCACCUGAUGGGACUGACACCUCACCUGAUGACACUGACGCCUCACCUGAUGGGACUGACGCCUCACCUGAUGACACUGACGCCUCUCCUGAUAGGACUGACGCCUCACCUGAUGACACUGACGCCUCUCCUGAUAGGACUGACGCCUCACCUGAUGACACAUCACCCGAUGACACUGACGCCUCUCCUGAUGACACUGACGCCUCUCCUGAUAGGACUGACGCCUCACCUGAUGACACAUCACCCGAUGACACUGACGCCUCACCUGAUGACACUGACGCCUCACCUGAUGGGACUGACACCUCACCUGAUGACACUGACGCCUCACCUGAUGACACUGACGCCUCACCUGAUGGGACUGACACCUCACCUGAUGACACUGACGCCUCUCCUGAUAGGACUGACGCCUCACCUGAUGACACUGACGCCUCUCCUGAUAGGACUGACGCCUCACCUGAUGACACAUCACCCGAUGACACUGACGCCUCUCCUGAUGACACUGACGCCUCUCCUGAUAGGACUGACGCCUCACCUGAUGACACAUCACCCGAUGACACUGACGCCUCACCUGAUGACACUGACGCCUCUCCUGAUAGGACUGACGCCUCACCUGAUGACACAUCACCCGAUGACACUGACGCCUCUCCUGAUGACACUGACGCCUCUCCUGAUGACACUGACGCCUCACCUGAUGACAAUAGCUGCGUUUCCAUUGAAUAA